AUGUGUAGAUUUUUAAUAUUCAAAGGGAAAGAGCCAAUACGGUUAUCGCAUUUGUUAACGAGACCAGCACAUUCUAUUAUAAAUCAAUCCUUCGACAGUAGAUUAAGAUUGGAUACAAGGCGGCCAAUGAAUGGUGAUGGGUUUGGAGUUGCAUACUACCCUGAAGAUCAAGAGUUAGAUGUUGAUGGACCAUGUAUGUUUAAAGCUAUCACCCCUGCUUGGAACAACCAAAACUUAGAGACCUUAGCCGAGAAGACUAAAUCAGAUUUGGUGUUUGCUCAUGUUAGAGCAUCUACAUAUGGUGUAUUGUCAGAGACUAAUUGUCAUCCAUUCACGUAUCAUAACAUUUGUUUCAUGCAUAACGGUGGUAUAUCAAAUUUUAAUAAGAUUAAAAGAAGAUUAUUGAAUCACAUCAAGGAUGAAUAUUUAAACUAUGUGCAAGGUAGUACUGAUUCAGAAUUUGCAUUUGCAUUAUUUCUGGAUACACUAGAUAAAUUUGGCUGUGAUCCAAAACAAAUAAUGGGUGAUUUUGGCCAUGUUGCACUGAGACAAUCAUUAUUGAAGACAAUAGAAUAUAUUAAAGAUUGGACAAAGGAAGCAUAUACAGGUGAUGAACCAUGGGAACCUUCGUUAUUAAAUUUUGCUGUCACGGAUGGGUCUACAGUUGUUGUAUCAAGAUAUAUAACAUCUGAAACUGACGAAGCUGCAUCAUUACAUUUUAGUUGUGGUUCAAGUUUUGUAGAGAGUUCCCCUGGUGAAUAUCGAAUGGAACGUCUUGAUAGGAACCAAGACGUUAUUAUGGUUGCUUCGGAACCAUUAACAUUUGAGAGAGGUGAUUGGACUGCAGUUCCAACAAAUAGUGUAUUAACUAUUAAAAAACAAACGAUAUUAAUGCAUCCAAUAAUAGAUGAAUACUAUCAACAAGAUCCAUUAUAUCUUAGAAGUUCAACAUUGGUGGAAAACAGAGGAUUUAUGGGUACUGUACCUGUUGGAAAAACGGUGGAGAAGAACGUUCCUCCAUUGGAGAGAGAAGGUCGUUUGAGACAAUUAUAA